AUGACAUUCGUACGCGAUCGACUCACUCCCAGAAUGGACAUUGAACACGACUUCAAAGUUGCGUUCUUGCUAACCGGUUUUCCUUAUCAAGGCCAUUCUGAAGGCAGAUUUGUUAGCUGUCACAAAGAUGCUUGUGAGGAAUUGGAUGCUAUUGAGAAGCUCGCUGAGAAAGAGGGUUUCAGGAAGGAAAGCCUCAAAAACUGUCACAAAGAUGCUUGUGAGGAACUGGAUGCUAUUGAGAAGCUCGCUGAGAAGGAGGGUUUCAGGAAGGAAAGCCUCAAAAAGGUUCUUGAACGAGUAGCAGCAAAGUAUGAGCACGAAGAAUCGCUGAUCCUUUUCUCCAGAUCAGAGGACGAAAACGAGAUUUCCGAGGCAGGCGACUACGCCAGGAAAUACUUGCGGAUCGCCAUCACAGUGGUGGCUCUUGGCGGAGAUGCACACCCAUGGAGACAUUUCCCAGCGGAAUCGGUUUUCCCUGUUUGUAUAGAUAAACUGAACCAAUCGCCUCAUUUGGCAUACUGCCUCGCGGAAAGGAGCUGCGCGAUAUUCCACGAUUGCGAUCCGGGCUGGGAUAACAACCAGUCCACAAAGUUUUUUACACAAGCGCAGGCGACAACGAGAAAGGCAACUGCACGUGCGGCUACGACGCAGCGUCCAACAACCACAGAGGCUCCUCUGAGUACGAGAGCACCCACGGAGGCUCCGGAAACUUCUUCUUCAUCUGGACCUGCCAUGCCAACGAGCAUCCCGAACGUUGAGGGUACACCAUGCGCUUGUAACUAUUCAACCUCAUGGAAUGAUGUCAUGCUCGUGUUUGAGUCAACAGAAUCCACAACCGAACAUGGGCUUCAAGAGAUGUUGGCUUAUGUACAGUCGAACCUUUUCCGAUUCAAUAUUCUUCCAUAUCCGUCUAGCAACCAGCUGAGCACGCGAAUCGGUGUGGUCGUCUACGGCUUGACAGCUCACCUUUAUGCUCCUUUAGGUUCACUGACAUAUAAUGAAUUCCUGAACAUCCAAAGCCUACCGUACUACGGAGACCAAAUAGUGAAUUUGGAAGAUGCUCUUCGAAUGGCCGCACUUCAAUUUCAGACGGAAAUGGACCGGUCUAAUUCCAGAAAUGUCAUUGUGCUGUUUGCCACAUCCUACAGUGCCGGGGGAGCAUUCAACCCAGCACAAGUGGCCGACCAGUUCAAAGAAGACAAUGGCGUCUUGGUUGUCUACAAUUAUGUGGAAGAACAUGGUUUCCCCGAGCCUAGGCUGAAGGACAUCGCGUCGCCAGGGUACUUCCUUUCUUCCCAAACCGACCUUGAAGGGAAUGGAAUUAGUGAAGCACUGUGCAGCGCGAAUUGCUUCUGUCGUCAAGGAUACGAUCCCUUCCAAGUGAACGCUCCGAGAAAUACACCUUCUGGAGGCUGCUACUCUGUGAAACAAGCUCAAACGACUUACUCGUUAGCGACCAGCCGUUGCAGAAUGGAAGGAGGUGUGGUAGCUCUUGCAAAAACAAGAAAUCAAACGGAGUACCUCGACAUGAGUAAGUUAUUCUCUCAAGAUAAGUGUGUUAUUCUCCUCGCCGAUCCCGAGGUUACCCUUCUUCAACCAGUGCACAAUUUACAAGAAUUUAGUAGGUGCUGA